UGAACAAAUAUUAAAAAAGUUUUAUGCAAAUGAUAAUAUUUACAGCAAGGAUUUAGUAGAUUCAAUACAAUUUGCACUAAGAGCAUUUACAGAAAAAAUUACAAGGUUGUUCAGUUCAAUUCAACAUUUUCAUCAAAUUAAUCUGAGUGAAGGUCAUCUAAACUGCCAAAUUUAUUUUGAUUUAAUAAAUGAUCUUUUUUAUGAUUCUAGGACUUAUAAUGUUCAUUGUCAAAGAGAAUUGGUAGCUAAUAAACAAAGAAGAAAUGACCUUAAAUCUCCAGAUUCAGAUGCUUUAAAAGCAUUAAUACCAGACGUGAAAAUCAAUUAUUUAACAAGAGAUAUUGAGAUUUUAAUAAUAGAACAAGCAAAAGAUAAAAUUGUUGAUGAUAUACCCAAGAACUCAAAUGACAAAUUUAAAGCAUGUAUUGAAAUGCAUGAUAUGUUGUAUGUUGUUGAAGAAUGUAUUCCGGUGGAUAAUAAAAGUGAAAUACAAAACAUAAAGGUGUUUGCUAUAAUAAUUUCAAAACUUGAUGUCAAAGUAUAUGAACUAUUUUUAAUUAAACCAGGCUUAUACAUAUUACAAGUCAUAGGACAAUUUUCACUCCCUAACAAAUUUUGUGAUUUUAGUCUUAUCA